GGGAGAGAGAGGGGGGAGGGCGAAAUGACGGAGCGAUAGACAGAAGGAAAGAGAAUAACAGCGUAUAAUAUUUUCGGAGCCAUGACUUGCACGCAGGAAUAGAAAUAGAUAUCAAGAAUGAGUCCUUUCUAUCCUUUUGAAAAUGAGGUAGUAACAGGAUCCAAGAUGUGACCCCAUAUGUUUAGACACUCCUUAGACAAAUAACAAAAAUAUAACCAGGACAUAAAAGCUAUCCCACCAUGCAUCCCUCAUCUCGUCCAUCUGUGCCCCCACGUUCCCGCAGAUUUGACAAAAGGCGACCAGAAGCCAAGUCAAGCCAAGGAACCAAAAGGGUGGACAAAAAAUUAAGCACAGCAUCUUCCUCCCCUCGACUUGGCACCCGGGGACCAGCUGAGUCUUUCAGGUUAAAAGGCCCCAGUCAAGGUGCACGAGCCCCAGUAGUUCAGGCCAAAUUUGUUCGGCCUCAAAAGAACGCUGCUCGUGCAAUACCAGCAAAACCAAAAAGUGGACGCACUGUUUCAAACCUAGAUGUGGACCCAAACUGCAAUGAACCCAGCCUACCAUGUUUGUGUUGUGAUGGCCAUUCACCUCAGGAUAGCAACAGCCUUUAUAAUCACAACCAUAACAACAAUAACACUGUUACCAUCAGGCAACAAAUGAAGACAGCACCACCACCACCUCCUCACAAGGAUAAAUUAGCUGUUCUAAAACAAGACGUAAAAGAAGAUGAGGGCAAGCUGGAAAUUAACCAACCUCAUGCCAUCCCAGUGGAGGAGAAAGAAGAGGAAAAUGGCAAUGUGGAUGAAAAAGAUGGAGCUGGCCUCAAGAAUAAUGACAAAAGUAUAAAUGUGAAUGACGAUGUCGAUGUGAAUGGUAACGGCAAUGGUGAUGGAGAUAAUGAUGAUGAUGAUGAAGACGAUGAUGAUGAUGAUGAUGAUACUCUUGUCCCUUCUUGCUGCAAUUGCCCAGAAUCCAUGCUGGCCUUCUCUCUCACAUCUUCUACCUCAUCUUCUACCACAUCAAUUAGCAGCUGCUCAGAUCUGGAGUGUGACUGCCCAGAUACAUUCUCACUGUCAUCACAGGACCAUGAAGCUCCUGAAUGCUAUCCAUCUACACAUUCCCCAGCCUCCCACAGCCCAAACUUUCAGACCAAUAUCUUACCAUUGGAUCUCAACACUUCUGUCAGACCACGAAUUUCCCAUUGCUCUUCAGAUGAAGGCUAUCCCUCUGCCCCAUCCUCCCCCUCCUCUGACUUCUCAGAGAACAAGGCAUCAGAAAAAGUGGAUCUCCUCAACUUUAUAGACUCCAUGGAAGAGUUGGGAAAAGUAGAUCUGUUCUACCGCAUUGUUCAGAUUGCACAUUGGGUACUGGAUAGUGAGCUGAUUGUGAAAGAUAGACUGGAUCAUCAACAGAAGCUUCAGAGGGUCAACAAAGAGGUGAAACUGAACUAUCUUGUGAAACUUCAGGAGGAAGGAUUUGAUUUUGAUGAUAAGGAUAUAACUGGACUUUUAGAUGAAAUGGGCAAUAUUGACAUUCCAUGGAAGCUGUAUAAGAGUAACAAAUCAUGUGAUUCCCAGGAAUUUUCUGAUGCAGGUGUGGAUCUGACAGCCCCUUCUGACCUUGAUGAAACCCCUUUACCUGAUUCUCUUGCUCCAUCGCCACUGGAUCUUCCUCCCCCUCCCCGGCCCCCAAAACCUCCAAAAAGGCAUGUGAGUGCUCACCCAGAAUCACACAUGUACAAAACCAUCAGUGGACAUACCUUCGCAGUCUCAUCCAACAACAACGCUACUCCUUUCUCCAUAAGUGUCUCUGUUCCUCCAUUGCCUCAAUUGUCAUCCUCACCCACAGCCUCCAAACCUCAUACCCUUCCUCCUCCUCCAUCACAGCCUGUGCCCUACUUCACCCUAAAUACAGACUCCACUACUCUCACCUCCCCCACACCACCCAUUCCACCUCCAAGAAGACGGCACAAGGCCCGCCUGGAGGCUCAGAGACUUGCUGAGCUUGAAAAAGAAAAUACCCCCCAGUCCCUUCCACCUCCAACGUCCAGACCUCCACCAUUGCCACCUCCACCUGCAUUGUCCCCACCUCCAGCUAUUCCACCUCCACCAUCACUCCCACCCCCUCCAACUUUUCAUGCAUUGGAUGUGGAAAUCCGAAAGUUGCUUGCAUUGGCAGGCCUCACCCAAGCUGAAUUGCUUAAACUCAGUCCUGAGUUUGGUGUCAGUGUGGAUGUGGUCCUGGGGAAUGAUCAAGAGGCAAUAUCUGAUGUCUCUCAGGAGGGAGAAAUUAGAGUAAACAGGACACAAAAAGAUAAUAAAGAGGUUGUAGACGAGGGGUUGAAUUCCAGAUUGAGAGAAGGAACUAGAUUUAGCAAAGACAGGUCUACCUGUCUGAAGGAAUUAGACAUACUCAAUAAAAAGGAUGAUUCUAAAAAUGAACAGAAAGAAGCAAACAGGACAAUGUCCUUCAUCGAAAUGGCAAGGCGACGUAAGAAGAAUGGUGGAAACUGUAAUAAUAGCUGUAGCUGUGGUUUUGGAACCAAUGUUACCUUAUCUCCCUGCUCAUAUUACAGUACCGAUCUUAGCAAUACAAACAUCCCGAAUGUUAGCUUUGGGAAUUUUGAUUAUACUUUAGUGAUGUCUGACACCCCACCGCCACCUUUGCCCCCUCGUCCACCAGUAGUUUCCAAUUCUUCUGAACUUCCACCUCUCAAGCCAUGCACUCUACCUGCCAAUGCCUUUCGCCCAGAUAGAUUUGACUGGUUGAUAGCCUUCACCCCAGAUGCAGAGUCUCCACCCCUUGAGAUGCAAAAAUCAUCUAAUGAUGGCAUGCUACACAAAGAAACUUCAGGCUCAAAAGUCACAACUUUUAAAGAAUUACGCAAUAAAAGCAAAAAGAGUUUCCCAACAGCUCCUGUUCAGCCAGAACCAGAUCCAACUAUAAUCACCCCAGACCCAGAUUUCCUGUACAACCUCAAAUGGAGGAAAGAGAAGAUUGAUGGGGAUGGCUGGGAAUAUACUUCCCAAGCACAAGCUUCUUUUCUUCAGCCACCACCCACUCCAGCCUCAUUGUCCCUCUUUAGGGAAAUGUGCCACCUGAAUAUACAAGAGGAUUGUCCAGCAGAUCUGUCCAGCAAAACUUCCCAACAAAUUGGCUGUUCAGUCAGUGAAGGCAGCCUGAAGACUAUUUGUGGUGAAAGAGAAAAAGAGGGUCACACCAAAAAGACAGAAGAUGAAGCAAAAGUGGAGGUUAGAGGAAUGGCAGAUGGAGCAUGGACUUUGGAAUCAAGGACAACAGCUGUUCGCAGCUUCUCAUUUGCUGGCUUUGAUCAGAAGAAUGUGGCCUGGAUUGGAGAUGAUGUGAGGCCCUCACUGAAACCUGACGGGCUGUCUUCUGCAUGCCUGCAGGAAAAGAGAACUUUUGUCAAUGCAGUCAGUUUGGCAGUAGAAGCUAUUUUGGCUCAGUUCAGUUCAUCCAGGACCGUGGUGCAGAAGGCCCUGUCUGGAGACAGCAGUGUAAAUCCCUCUCUGGGUCGUCUGGUACUGCAGUGCCUUUGCCCAGCCCUGCGCAGCCUGCUCUGUGAUGGACUCAAACCCCACCAGAGUGACCUCAUCACAGGCAGAAGGACAAAUUCACCCUGGAGAUUGGUUCAGGCCUUCACCAAACCAGGCCCAGGCACACAGGCUUUGCACAGCCUCCAGACUAAAGUAGCAGGGCUUCCCCAGCUUAAGCUGAGCAGACACAGGUUUAAUGCCUUCCUGUUUGGCCUUCUCAAUAUCAAGCUCCUGGAUUACUGGUUUUCUCAUCUGCAGUCAUGCAGUGAUGUGUUAGAGACAUAUUAUCGGCCUACUUCCUUCAUGCGUCUGUCGCUCACUUCCUGUCAGCCCCUUUUUGAGGAGCUCCUCCUCCUACUGCAGCCUCUCUCUCUUCUAACUUUUAACCUCGACUUGCUGUUUCAGCAUCAUCACCUUGACCCCACCUCCCCAACUCUUUCCCCAGCGAGUCACAGCCCUGAGAAAUAUAGCCCGCCAAAUGAAGACUUCAGCUUCCACUUAUCACCCAAGGGGCUUUUCCAAGGGAGUGGCCAUCAUCUUGGGAGCAUUUUAGAGCAAGACCAUGGUGGUUUGUAUUUACAAGGUGCCAAUCCCAAUGCAGGUAUCACAAGCCUGCCCAGUCAGGUUCUUGAUGUGUUUGAAGAGUCAGCCUAUCGCAAUCCAAUUGUGCUGUCAUCUGGUGUCACCAAGGUGGUAGCCAGUUCUCCAUUAUCGUGGUUCAAAGGGCGUGAGAUCUCAGCACCUCUUAGUGGCGAGAGUGGAGCAAGUUUUUCGCAGCAGGCAGGCCAGGCUCUACAGCAAGGUUGGGGGGCAGUGAUGCGUCUCGGGGAGCGUUUAGGGCAGAACUUUGGUUUGGCCAACUCUAACUCCACAGAGGAUGUUAAAGCUCCUAACUCAACAGAUGACUCCAAGACAGGCUUCUCACUAAAUCCAAAAAGUCCAGUUGGAAACAGUCAGCAACCAAGAACUGUUGAGCUUUCCAUGUGGGAUAGUGGAGCAGCUGUUCCUUGGGGUAUGGGAAGGCUCUUUGGAGCUUCGAAGAGCCCAAAUAACCCUCCACCAAGCAGGCGCCCAUCUCAGUGGCUCUCCUCUGGCGUAUCUGUCCUUACCCACAUAGUGAAUAUUGGCCAGCGUUCUCCAUCUGAAAAGAGAGAGCUCCAGAAAAGCAAAGAAGAUAAAAAUGAAAAGAGAAAGGAAACCGGAGAUCAGCCGAGGCUCUUAAGGGUGGUCAGAACUCUGUGUGACCACACCGGAAUUGGGACAGAACUGAGCUUCAGGAAAGGUGAGGAGCUUGUUCUAUUGGGUGGUGUGGACCAUGACUGGAUUCGAUGUCGUCAAGGUGACAAGGAGGGCCUUGUUCCCAUUGGUUAUGCUUCACUUGUCAUGUGACUUAAUUCCUAAAUUUUACCUGGAUGUUUGUGUAAAGUAAUAUCAGGGGAUAUUUACUUAAGUAUAAGGAAAAAGAGACCAUAUAUAAAUGUAGUAAAUAGUAGCUGUGUUAUGUGUUUAUCUCUGACCAUUGUUGCCUGGCGUGUGAUAUCUGAAAUAUUUUCUGUGAUAUAUAGGACACAACUCACAUUACUGUACAAAUCAUAUAUAUUUACCAUAGAUUAACAAAGAUAGAUAGACAGAUAAGACAUAAGACAUAAAAGUGAGUAAUGAAAUGAAAAAGAAUCAAGUUAAAGAAAAAUGGAACUAUGAUAUUUGUAUUUAGUAUAAGGUGUUCUGCCAUAACAAACGGCUUGCCCAAAAGCUUGCUUAAAAAAUUUCAGCACACAGUCAUCCAAAG